CCCUCUUCUCUCUCUGCAUUACUUGCUCCACUCCUCAACGCUAGCACUGCUACUGCUGCUAGUUUUGCCUGCUUCUCUCCCACUCCUUCCAAGUCCCCUCAUUUUCUCUGCAGAAUGCCUCAUUACUGCUCUUUCCCUCCUCGAUUUUGAGAUAACAGGAAGAAACAGCAGUAUUGAUUGGCUCAACCUGCAAAAGAAAGGGCUCCCAAAACACCCCAAAAUACCAAAAACACAAAAACAGCAAAGAAAAGAGCAGAGAUCUAUAUAUAAGCUUUUUAUCCUUACCCCUUUUUAGCUACAGUUCAACUGCUUCUCUUGAUCUUCAACUAACCACAUUGCUGAUAAUUCAUCAGUGUGUGACUGUGUGUUUUCUUCCUUUGCGUGUAUAAAAAGGGAAGGCAGAUCUAUUUAGAGUGAGAGUGAGAUAAGGCUCCCCUGUUUCAGCUCCCCUGUUUUUCCUCUGUUUUUCUGAGGGAGGGUCGAAAGCUUAGAAAAUGCCAGAAAUUUCCGCAGCAAAUUUGAUACCGGAGUCCUUUGACUUUAGGGGGUCAACAGCGGAUAUUGCAGGGCAAAUUGGGCUGAUUUGGGAGUUGAUUAGAGCACCAUUGAUUGUCCCAUUAUUGAGGCUUGCUGUGUAUAUUUGCUUGGCCAUGUCCCUCAUGCUUUUCAUUGAGAGGCUUUACAUGGGAAUCGUGAUCAUUCUCGUGAAGAUUUUCUGGAAGAAGCCUGAGAAGAGAUACAAAUGGGAGCCAAUGCGGGAUGAUUUGGAGAUUGGAAAUGCAGCUUUUCCAAUGGUUCUUGUUCAAAUCCCCAUGUUCAAUGAGAAAGAGGUCUACAAGAUCUCCAUUGGAGCUGCAUGUAACCUUUCCUGGCCGUCCGACCGUAUUGUGAUUCAAGCUGAUGAUUCAACUGACCCCAUCAUUAAGGAUAUGGUUGAAAAGGAAUGCCAAAGAUGGGCUAGCAAAGGCAUUCAUUGCAGGUACCAAAUAAGAGAAACCAGGGGGUACAAGGCCGGAGCUCUUAAAGAAGGGUUAAAGCAUGAUUAUGUCAAAGAUUGCGAAUACGUGGUCAUUUUCGACGCAGAUUUCCGGCCGGAACCGGAUUUUCUCCGGCGAGCCAUCCCUUUUCUCAUGCACAACUCUGACAUUGCUCUUGUCCAAGCUCGUUGGAGGUUUGUUAAUUCUGAUGAGUGCUUGCUAACAAGGAUGCAAGAGAUGUCGCUGGAUUACCAUUUUACAGUGGAGCAAGAAGUGGGAUCAUCUACUCAUGCAUUCUUUGGCUUCAAUGGUACUGGUGGUAUAUGGAGAAUAGCUGCUAUCAAUGAGGCUGGCGGGUGGAAGGACCGGACGACAGUGGAGGAUAUGGAUCUUGCUGUCCGAGCAGGUCUUAAAGGCUGGAAAUUUGUGUACCUCGGGACCUGCAGGUUUGUCAAAAGUGAGCUUCCAAGUACAUUCAAGGCCUUCCGUUUUCAGCAGCAUCGUUGGUCGUGUGGUCCAGCAAAUUUAUUCAGGAAAAUGGUGAUGGAAAUUGUCAGAAAUAAGAAAAUUGCAGUGUGGAAGAAGGUUUAUGUGAUCUACAGCUUCUUCUUUGUCCGAAAAGUCAUUGCUCACAUGGUCACCUUUUUCUUUUACUGUGUCGUACUUCCCUUGACAAUUUUGGUCCCUGAAGUUGAAGUACCAAAGUGGGGAGCAAUUUACAUUCCUUGCAUCAUCACCGCUCUGAACUCAGUUGGAACACCAAGGUCGAUCCAUCUAUUAUUUUAUUGGAUUCUGUUCGAGAAUGUGAUGUCCCUGCACAGAACCAAGGCCACAUUCAUUGGUUUGUUAGAGGCAAAGAGAGCUAACGAAUGGGUUGUGACAGAAAAGUUGGGAGAUGCUCUGAAGAACAAAUCAAACGUCGUCAAAGCAAAACCAAAGAAAAUUGGAUUGAAGAUUGGUGACAGAAUUCAUCUAACGGAGCUGGGAUUUGCGGUGUUCCUUUUCUUCUGUGGAUGCUAUGAUUUCCUUUAUGGGAAGAACAACUAUUUCAUAUACCUCUUCCUCCAAGUCAUAACCUUCACAAUUGCAGGAUUCGGCUACAUUGGUACCAUUGUGCCAACCUCUUAGUGACAGGCAUAUAGCAGCAGCAAGUAGCAAUCAUUAUUGUUACUGUCAUUUUCAAGCCUACACAAAAAUGUGUAUACAAAAGCCUUCUUUUAGUGAAGAUUUGGUUGCAUUUACUACCAUUGAGAUAAAACACAAGUAUAGAAAUGAAGAACUCGAGUCAACAAAACCAGAACUUCAUUUCCAAAGGAAAAAAAAGCCCCGUGGCACCGUUAGGAAGACAUCAAGAAGAAGAUGUUGUUGUGAGCAAUUCUAUAGAUCAGAAACAGCUGAAGCUGCAGAAACCUCAGAUGGAGUAGAGCACACAUAGAUUAUGUUUAUUUUACCAUAGUGAUUGUAAUUUGUGUGACAUUGUGUUUAAUCUUGUCAGGUCAUUUGAAUUUUCAAUUUUUCAGCUUGAGAGGAAAAUAAUCUGGGGGCAACAGGAUAAAUGUAUUACAAGUUUUGCUUAUCCUUUUUUCUUUUUUUCCCUUUUCUUUAUCAGGUUUUGUUCUUACAUAAUGUAUCAGAACUAUUUUACAGGAAACGAAGUGAAGAAGGCUCAAUGCUCAACUCUUCUUCCUCUUUCCCACAUUUUAUCA